AUGCUGGAGGUCUGCCUCUCCGACUUCACCAAGGGCCUUGCCGAGAUCACCGCCGCGGAAGACGCCGCGCAGUCCGAAUACGAGGUCACGACCCAGGACAACAAGGAGGCGAAGGUCGCGAAGGAGCAGUCUGUCAAGUACGAAACCAAGGAGGCCGCGGAGCUGGACAAGGCCAUCUCGGAAGCCACGGCGGACCGCGCGACCACGCAGUCCGAGUUGGAAGCCGUGCUGGAGUACUUCGAGAAGCUCCAGGGCAUGUGCGUCGCCAAGCCCGAGACGUACGAGCAGCGCGCCGAGCGCCGCUCUGCUGAGAUUGCGGGAUUAAAGAAGGCCCUGGAGAUCCUCUCGUGA